ACCUACCGUGCUAAAGCCAAAAUGUAGUACAAAGCCCUCUGCAUCUAAUGACCAUUACCAUGCAAGCUAAACCCAUCACCAUGGCAACGGCGUCGAUGCUCCUCCGGAGCCUCCUCUGCCUCGCCGUGCUCGCCGCGGCCGCGGCCGCCGCUCAGCCGCGGUUGCAGUGCCUGGAGAACCCGCCGGAGCUGACGGCCGCCGGCGACGGCGAGGCCGGCGUGGUCGUCCAAAACCUGGGAGGAUUCGCGGCCUACGUCACCGGCGCCGCCCACUCCGGCCGGGCCAUCGUCCUCGCCUCCGACGUCUUUGGAUUUGAAGCACCAUUGCUGAGGAAAAUAGCUGACAAAGUUGGUGAAGCGGGAUAUUACGUCGUGGUGCCAGAUUUCUUCCAAGGGCGACCUUACAAUGGAGACCCAAGUAUAAACAUUACACAAUGGAUCAUGGCUCACUCUCCGGUGAAGGCAGCUGAAGAUUCUAAACCGAUCUUUGCUGCUCUAAAAAGAGAAGGGAAAUCUGUUGUUGGAGUUGGAGGUUAUUGUUGGGGCGGAAAGUUAGCUGUCGAGGUUGCGAAAACCAAUGAGGUUGGAGCGAUUGUCAUCUCCCAUCCUUCAUCGGUGACUGCUGAUGAUAUGAAAGAUGUCAAAUGCCCCAUUGAAAUCCUUGGAGCUGAGAAUGACGCUGUAACACCACCAAGAUUAGUGUACCAGUUUGUGAAUGCCUUGCGCCAAAGACCUGAGGUUGAUUACUUUGCCAGGAUCUUUCCAGGAGUGGCUCAUGGCUUUGCUUGCAGAUAUAACGCCAGCAACCCGUUUGCUGUCAGAACUGCUGAACAAUCUCUUGCCUUAAUGCUUGACUGGUUUGAGAAACACUUGAAAUGACAUUAGCUAAUCAUGCAUGCAAUGCAAGGCCAGUGCAAUUGUUUAUUUCCAUCAAAAUACAUUGCUAGUGUCCAUGUAUAUCCUGGUGUUAAGUGAAACUUAUAUAAAUAAGCACUAGUGUAAAGUGAAAGUAUGUGUUGAAUAUGGUGCGAAGUGAAACAAAGUGUACUUUAUGAAGUGCAAAAUGCAAACUCUUUUUGUUCCGAAGCGACCAUUAGCAUGGCAUAUUAAAACAUCUUUUUGUAGGAGAACAAAAAUAAUGUGUGCCUCUGUUGCCAUUUUAACUA